AUGGAUCUAUUGGAUAAUAGGCAAAUCACUGAAGAAGACAUACCAAAACUUACAAAAAUUGCUGCAGUCUCUUUUAUAUUCUUCUGGGCAACUUAUUUCGUCUCCAAAUUCGCAAUGAGUCUCUGGAAAUCAAAUAAGAUUUAUUAGCAGUUAUCAAAUGAGAAGAAAGCGGACUAUAUUAGCAGAAUUGUUGCAAAUAUUCAUGCUGUGAUUGCUGUAGGCAUGGCGAUCAUUGUUUUAUUUUUCAGCUGGUACAUUAAAUUUGCAAAGAUUAAACAUUUUAGUGAAGAAGGUUCUUUUGUUUGGAAUGACAAUUGCUUGAUGAAACCCUCUAAAUUUCACUCUUAUGCAAUGGUAGUUACCUCUUCUUAUCUAGUCUAUGACCUUAUAGUCUGUCUCUUUUUAAUCCGAGAUAAUUCAGGACUCAUGUAUCAAACUUAUAUUCAUCAUGGAUUGGGACUGAUCGGUGGAGUAGGGUCAGUUUACACUGGAUAUUGCAAUGUUCCUAUUAAGAUAUCAACUCCGUUUUUAAACAUGAGACAGAUGCUCCUCACCUAGAAAUAAGGAGAUACCAUCUGGUACACUGUGAAUUCAAUUCUGUUUGCAUUAUCAUUCUUCCUUUUUAGAAUACUUUUCUAUCCUAUUACAAUCUACAGGAUCUUUUCAGGAAUCAGAAAUCUACAAUACGGUCAAGCCUUCUAACACUUGCCAAGCUGGAUUAUUUAAGUGACAGGAAUUUUGACAUUCCUUUAUGUGGGAAUGUUCUUGCUUUAAGUCUUUUGGUUCAAGAAAAUUCUUGCACUUGUGACGAGAUCGUUAAGUAAGGGAAAACAAACAAGAACUCAGGGCGGAGAUAAUUCCACCAAACCAGACAAAAAGCAAGACUGA